AUGGUACCCGCAGGUUCGGAUGAAGGUCGUGGCAUCGCCACAACGACAAGGGGUGGCUUCAUCCUCGUCUCCACGUAUGCAUGGGCGAUCGUAACAGCAGGCGUGCUGGUCGCGCGGUUCUGGCAGAGUCGUAGCCAAAAGGUCGAAGCCGGUCUUGACGACGUAGCAAUCGUUGCGGCGACUAUUGUGUAUCUAGGCGCGACUGUUGGUUGGCAAUACGCCAUCCACGGUGGUUUAGGAAAGGACGUGAAAGAUCUCAGUGACGAGAACAUCUCUUUGUUCUUCAAGGUUGACCGCUCCGUCGCCAAUUGCUCUUCAAUACUAAUCAGCGAUCAUAGGCAUCCUACAUUGCCGGGAUACUCGUAA